CUCUCCCACUCUCUCUCUGGCAUGAGUAACAUUCCCCUAUAAACACAUUCACUCACGCACGCUGCCGUAAGAAAAGUCAGGGAGGCGCGUUUUUCAUCAGGAGUGGCCGAAGAAGAAGAGGUCUGAAAGAAGGACACAUCUGUGAACUUGUAUACAGAUAAACGGUGAUGGCGGUGUCGGUCUCUAGAGAUCUGACGGUGCAGGUGCUGGAGGACGUGAACGCUGUGAAGUUGUCAGACAGACAACAGGCUCUGCGUGCUGCCAUCCAAAAAGGAGAACCCAAAUGUCUGGGGGUGAGUCAGGUGAUGCUGGGGCUGAUGGUCAUUUCUUAUUCUAUCCCUCUGCACGUCACUGAGAUCACAGAGGUUAUCCACCUGGGCGUCCCCUGGUGGAGUGGGCUGACAUUCAUUACAGCAGGAGUAACUGCGAUCAUCCUGGACAGAAAUGGCUCCAUAAAGACUCUGCGUGUGUGUCUGCUGGUUAGCCUGGUGUCCGCUGUGUUGUCUGUGGUUGCUGUGAUCAUCUACUCUGUGGACAUGAACAGGAACUCACCGGGGACCUGUGACAAGACGCCGUCCAGCAGAUGCAGUAUGAAGUACUACACCAUGAAUAUGAGCAGAGGGGUGAAGACGUCCCUCCUCCUCUUCACGUUGGCUCAGAUGGUGAUCUCCUCUGUCGUUUGCUUCCUCCUCUUCAGACAGAGAAGCAGCUUCAGACAGUACACUUCUCUCUCUGAUGCUGCUCCCUCCACCCCCACAUCAGUGUCUCCCCCCGACCUUAACUGAUCUCUGAAUGGACCAGAAGCUGUCAUUGUGAUGACUCACCUGAUGUUUUGUUUAAAUAUUUCAACAUGUAUCAAAAACUAUA